AUGGGCAAUUGUCCAAUCCUGACAGGCAAAGACCAUGCGAAGACAGCUGACUUGUAUGAAGAUUUCUUCAGAUCCAAGGGGAAAUGGACAAAGAGCCGCACAUGGCACAAUUUAGUGCACAAAUCAAGGUCUAAACGAUCACUCAAGAAGGUAUGGCGCACAUUGAAACAGCUCAAGAAGCAGUUCGAUGAAGAUGAACAUGGUUUGGUGGAACAAAUGUUCAAUAACAAGGUGGAUGCAGGCGCAUGGAGGUACCACCCCGAAUUUCCAGACAUGAAGGACAGCUUCCUUGAGUUCAUCCAAGUACUUGUGUACGAGGAGGAAUCCCAAAUCGAGGAGAGCGAGGAUGAGGAAUGUGUGGGGGGUGAGCAUGAGAAGGUUGACCCAUCAGAAUCCUCAGAUGCUGAAGAGGCAUUGCGGGAUAUUGCUACAGCAUGUGCUGAGACUGGUGAAUGGACAAAAAAGCUUGCUUCAAGCAAGACGCCCGAACAUCUGCAGCUGGCCUUGAGCAAGGAUAUCCAGACUCCAUCGGAUAAGCUGAAGACCUUGCGCGACAAGCUGGAGACAGAAACAAUUUCUGAGGAGGAGGUACUAAGCAAGGGCUUUGAACCAAUGUUGACAGCCAAAGCAUACAAUGGUCGGGUCCUGUGUGCUUGGCUGGCUGACUGCAGCAUAGACUUGUUGCGGCAACAUCCUGAUGAGCUAGAGUACCAGCUCAUGUCAGCUUGCUUGCCUUGUGCCCAGUUUUUCUUGUGCAACUGGAUUGAUGCAAAACACGCCGCCGAACAGAAGAAGGCGGCGGAGGAGGAAUGGCUGCGGAUCCAGGCGGCGCCGCGGCGGUUCCCGACCCGACCGGGCGGCCAGAGAGGAACGCGCGUGGGCGGCUUAGUGGGUGGGAACACAGGUGAAAAGGAGGUUCCACAGGUCGUUGGAAGGUCCAGGUCGGUCUUCGACGAGGCCUCCACCUGCCCGUGGCGCGAGCGCAACCGGCAGGUGCCGGACAUUGACCUGGUGGCCGCCAUGGCCGAGCUGGGGAAUCUCCAGCAGGAGUUCGAGCGCACCGCCAACGCCUUUAACGUCCGGCGAGGCGGGGGAGCCCUGUCGACGUGGCUAGGUGUUGCCCCGGAGAGCAGCGACGACUCGGAGGAAGGCCCAUCCAUGUGGCGAAUUCUGCUGCUCGCUUUCGCCUUCGACGGGGCAGCUUUUGCGUCUCAGGCGGAGAGCGAGAGGUCCUUGGAGCAGUUGCAGCCGCGGCUUUGGUCGUUGGCAGAGGCCUUGCGCCAGGAUCUCACAGGCGAUGAGGACGCGGCACGGCAGAGAUUGGAGGAGAAGGCCGCCAAGAUGAGCAAGGGGGACGGUGCAGCUGCGCUUCUUCGCCAUCUCGCGCGGGAGCGGGAGGAAGGCAAUGAUGGCAGUCAAGGUUCUCAGGUUUUCUCACAGUCCUCCUUCUCGGAAUCUCGCAUGGCCAGUGACGGUCAAGGUCAUGGCUAUGUGCUUCGGCAUGUGAAGACAUGCAAGAAUGGCGUUUGCGAAGAACAGACCGAGAGCAGCCAUCCCAAAGACGCCAAGGAUUCAGCUCAUCACGGCGCUUCGGAAGACGGCGAGGCCGAUGUAGCGCUGGAUCGAGAGGUCAAGAAGCUGUCGAGGCAGAUGCAAGACAUCGAAGCGAAUAUGAACUUCCCGAAGUUCGAUGAUCUCUUGGCCCCCGUGAGCGACUUUUGGAAUCGCUUUCGUGCGUUUCAGAACCCGCCGUCCAAACCUGCCGAUCAGAGUGCUGAUCAGCCCAUCACCCACUCUGAGUCCAUGUCAGAAGAGACCGUGAUGCGCAACGGUCAUGCAGUGCGACGUGUGCGCCGGUGCAAGAACGGGAAGUGCCAAAUGAGGCUGGAGGAAGGCAAUUGGACGAAUAGCCCAAGCUCAGUUCUGGAUCGUGACGACCGCGGUGAUGGGCGUGGAAGUGACUGGUGA